CGUCUCUAGACGUCAUAACAAACCGCUCGAAAUGUGGCUGUAGGCCGCGGUGGCACGCCAAAGCACUAAGAGGCGGUGAUUCGGCUUGAUGUACUGAACUCCCACGUGUUGCCAUUGAACGCCAUAGCGUAGAUUUUGUUUUUAGUUUUCUUCACCCGUCACAGUUUCCUUUAAGCUUUUCCUAGGCCAGGACCUUUAAACUUCUGUGGUCAGUGACAUUGGAGUGAAAAAGGCCUUUAUAGGGGUAAGGCUUGAAGCCUUUUAAAUUGACAAGAUUGUACAGCUUUCACAUCUGGAUUUACAAGAUGUAUUUGUACAACCUGACUCUACAACGUGCAUCAGGCAUCACCCAUGCCGUGCAUGGUAAUUUUUCUGGGACACGCACACAGGAACUAGUGGUGUCUCGAGGAAGAUCAUUGGAACUUUUAAGACCUGAUCCAAAUACUGGGAAGGUGCACACCAUUUUGACAACAGACAUAUUUGGCGUUAUUCGUUCAUUGAUGGCAUUCAGAUUGACUGGUGGAAAUAAAGAUUAUGUUGUGGUGGGAUCUGACUCUGGCAGAAUCACCAUUCUAGAAUAUAGUCAGGCUAAAAACCAGUUUGAGCGCAUCCACAUGGAGACAUUUGGUAAAAGUGGUUGCCGACGCAUUGUACCUGGCCAGUAUCUUGCCAUUGAUCCAAAGGGCAGGGCAGUAAUGAUUGGUGCUGUUGAAAAGCAGAAAUUGGUGUACAUUCUCAACCGUGAUGCAGCAGCAAGGCUGACAAUUUCCUCUCCAUUGGAAGCACACAAAAGCAACACACUUGUAUAUCACAUGGUGGGAGUGGAUGUUGGUUUUGAAAAUCCACUCUUUGCCUGUCUGGAGAUUGAUUAUGAGGAAGCAGACACUGACCCUACAGGAGAGGCCGUACACAGAACUCAGCAAACUCUAACAUUUUAUGAACUGGAUCUAGGACUCAACCAUGUUGUUAGGAAGUACCAUGAGCCCCUUGAAGAACAUGCAAACUUCCUCAUAUCAGUACCAGGUGGUAAUGAUGGACCUUCUGGUGUCUUAGUUUGUUCAGAAAACUACUUAACCUACAAGAAUCUGGGAGAUCAACCUGACAUCAGAUGUCCUAUUCCCAGGAGAAGAAAUGAUCUUGAUGAUCCAGAGCGAGGAAUGAUCUUCAUUUGCGCAGCCACUCAUAAGACUCGCUCGAUGUUCUUCUUCUUGGCUCAGACAGAGCAAGGAGACAUCUUCAAGAUAACAUUGGAAACAGAUGAAGAUGUUGUGACAGAGAUCAAGUUGAAGUACUUUGACACAGUACCACCUGCAACGGCAAUGUGCGUCCUCAAGACUGGGUUUCUCUUUGUUGCCUCAGAAUUUGGAAAUCAUUAUCUGUACCAGAUUGCUCAUUUGGGUGAUGAUGAUGAUGAACCAGAGUUCAGUUCAGCUAUGCCACUUGAAGAAGGAGAUACAUUCUUCUAUGCACCACGACAGUUGCAAAAUCUUGUGCUCGUUGAUGAACUUGACUCACUUUCUCCUAUUAUGGCUUGUCAGAUUGCUGAUUUAGCAAAUGAAGAUACGCCACAGCUGUAUACUGUGUGUGGCAGGGGCCCAAGGUCAUCUCUUCGUGUACUUCGUCAUGGUCUGGAAGUGAGUGAAAUGGCUGUGUCAGAGUUGCCUGGUAACCCCACAGCUGUAUGGACUGUCAGGAAGCGAACUGAAGAUCUUUAUGAUUCAUACAUCAUUGUAUCUUUCGUAAAUGCCACUCUUGUGCUGAGCAUUGGUGAGACUGUAGAGGAAGUGACAGAUUCAGGUUUCCUUGGUACAACUCCUACAUUGGCUUGUUCCCAGCUUGGAGAUGAUGCACUUGUACAGAUUUAUCCAGAUGGCAUCCGUCACAUCAGAGCUGACCGUCGUGUGAAUGAGUGGAAAGCCCCUGGAAAGAAGACUAUUGUGCGAUGUGCUGUCAACCAGAGACAAGUAGUGAUUGCUCUCACUGGGGGAGAAAUUGUUUACUUUGAAAUGGAUCCAACAGGCCAGCUGAAUGAAUACACAGAGAGGAAGGAGAUGAAGAGUGAUGUCAUCUGCAUGGGCCUUGGGCGUGUGCCUGCUGGGGAGCAACGAUCCAGGUUCUUGGCUGUGGGGCUCUCAGACAAUACUGUCAGAAUCAUAUCCUUGGAUCCCAAUGAUUGCCUAACAGUGCGAGGCAUGCAAGCUUUGCCAGCUUUACCAGAAUCUCUCAGUGUCAUCGAGAUGGGUGGACAGGAAGGGUCAGAGAGUGAAUCUCGUACUUUGGGUGCACUUUAUCUGAACAUUGGUUUACAGAAUGGUGUGCUGUUAAGAACUGUAUUAGAUUCAGUCACUGGUGAUAUGUCUGAUACACGUACACGAUACUUGGGUUCCAGACCUGUCAAGCUUUUCAGGAUUAUUAUGCAAGGAAGUGAAGCUGUUCUUGCAAUGUCUUCUCGUUCCUGGCUGUCCUAUUAUUAUCAGAAUAGAUUUCAUUUGACACCACUAUCAUAUGAAAGUCUGGAGUAUGCUGCAGGGUUCUCCUCAGAGCAGUGCCCUGAAGGUAUUGUAGCUAUUUCCACCAACACACUACGGAUUUUGGCUCUGGAAAAACUUGGAGCUGUGUUUAACCAGGUAUCCCAUCCACUUGAGUACACUCCACGCAAGUUUGUCAUCCAUCAAGAGAGUGGUCAUUUAGUGGUUAUUGAGACUGAUCAUAAUGCUUACACAGAUGAUACCAAAAGACAGCGAAAGCUUCAGAUGGCAGAGGAAUUGAAAGAAGCAGCUGGGGAAGAAGAAGCAGAAGUGGCUGAACGCAUGGCAGAAGCACUUCUUUCAGAGGACUUGCCAGAUGCAGUAUUUGGUGCACCAAAAGCUGGACCAGGGAUGUGGGCAUCUCUCAUUCGGAUUAUAGAGCCUAUCCAAGGAAACACCCUUUUUACAAUGAGAUUGGAUCAGAAUGAAGCAGCUUUCAGUAUUGCCCUGGUAAAGUUUGCAAAUCAGAAUGAUAUGGAUCAGCAGUUCCUGCUGGUUGGAACAGUGAAGGACUACCAGUUAAGCCCACGUCAAGUUGACUGUGGAUAUAUCUACACUUACAGAAUUGUUGGUGAUUGUACUAGUCUAGAGCUAGUUCAUCGAACAGAAGUUGAAGACAUUCCAACAGCUUUAUGCCCAUACAAUGGCAGAGUAUUAGUAGGAGUUGGAAGAUUGCUUAGAAUAUAUGACUUGGGGAAGAAGAAACUGCUUAGAAAGUGUGAAAAUAAGCAUGUUCCAAACCUAAUUGUGGAUAUCAAAGCACGAGGACAGCGAGUUUUUGUGAGUGAUGUUCAGGAAAGCUUGUUUGUGCUUAGAUACAAAAGACAUGAAAAUCAGCUAAUCAUAUUUGUGGAUGACACAAACCAGCGAUGGGUGACCACAUCUUGCCUCCUUGAUUAUGAUACAGCAGCUGUAGCAGACAAGUUUGGCAACAUUGCAGUGAAAGCCACAUUAAUUCCUGGAGGCAGCGAGUCUCUUGUAUACACUACCCUGAGUGGCACUGUUGGAGUUCUGGUACCAUUUACAUCAAGAGAAGACCAUGAGCUUUUCCAAAACUUGGAGAUGCACAUGCGGUCAGAGCAUCCACCACUCUGUGGAAGAGACCACCUCUCCUUCAGGUCUUACUUUUUCCCUGUAAAGAAUGUUAUUGAUGGAGAUUUGUGUGAGCAGUUUAACAUGGUAGAUCCAGGAAAACAGCGCAGUAUUUCUGAAGACUUGGAUAAGACUCCUAAUGAACUUUCAAAGAGAUUAGAAGACAUUAGAACUCGCUAUGCCUUCUAAGCAGUAUGUUUGUGCUGAUUAAUUUUUCACAGGAAUGAGAAUUUUUUAAUGAAAUAUCCCUAUGAUGACUGCUUGUAUCCAUGUUGUACCAACCCACAUGCUGUGUACUGCAUGCAGUCAGCUACUCAAGUAAAUAAAUAAAAUAUGGAAAGCAUACAUUUUCCCCAUUGUCUACAAUUUUGCAUAAAUGAUUGAUCUAUAAAAGAGGCUAGAAAUAUCAGUGAUAAUUAUCAUUAUGAAAUGGUUAUUUUAGUUAUUUUUCUUUGGAUGUGUAUACCUGUUAGAGUGAACUUACAAGCCAUUGAUUUAUCAUAUUACUUUUUUGCAUUUAGAUAAAAUAAUAGUCAGAUUUUUUACAUCCUUCAAUUGCAACUUUUCUUAACCUAAUGGCGACGGGUCACGGCUAUCGACGUCAUAACAAUACGCACGAUGUGAGGCGUGCGGCUGUCCGUAGCGGCGCCACGCCAAAACGCCCCGAGGCAAUGAUUCGGCUUGAUGUACCGAAUUUCACGCGCUCAGAGUCGGCGCGCUGCCGCCGUUCGCCAGAGCGUAGUUUUUUUUAAUUUUCGAUACCUGGGGCCAUUGGGUUAAAUUUCUUAAAAGUUAAAAUCACUAGAGAAAUGAUACUAUAAGUACAAUAAGGGUAAACUUGAGAAAUAUACAUACUUAUUUGUGGUUAUUCAUAAGCCAAAGGCCCUUUUAUGGGUAACUAUGACCUUCAGCUUCCAGAUUGGAUAGCUAGAGACAAGAUGUAUUGGAUUUUAAAACAUCCAUUAGCUGUCCAGCUCCUUGAAUGCUGCAAAAUGAAUAGUGUGUAUACGUACAUAUGUAUGUAGCUAUGGUUGUGCCCAAUAGGUGUGGCCAGGGGAAAAUAUGCAGCCAUUCACGUGAUGCUACUUUUUUUAAUAUGCACCUAAUCACUCAGUGUGCAAGAUUUUUUUUUAUAAAGUGAAGGAGGCACAUAAUAUUCUGAUUGGAAUUACCCAAUAGGUUUCUAGUUGUAAUAAAUGUGCUGACAUACAAGAUUUAAAAUAUGUGUUUUUUU